UUGAUCGGUGACAGUUCAGUUUUUGGAGUUCUGCCGCCAGAUAUCGGGGCACGCGACACAGAACGCUGCCAGCUGUCCUGACGCAAGGACACACAUUCUCUAAGCAACGCAAAACGCAGCACUAACUACAACGAGCAGGAGGAGCACCACCAGCAGCACCCGCAACAGCAGCAGUUGCCGCCCAACACUCGCCAAGGAGAGAACAAGCUCUGGAAGAACCCCUCACCCCCAGCUCAAAGCCAAAGGUAAUCCAAUCCAAGCCACUGCCAACCCAAUGGCUGCACUCAGCUUCAGCCCCUCACCGCCGCCGCAGACGCAAGCCAAGUCGACGGGCAGCUCGUCCGCCUCCAAGGAGAACAGCAUCCAGCCGCUGGGCUCCAGCAAGCCCUUUGGCAAGAUCACCGUCCACAAUGUCCUCAGCGAGAGCGGGGCGAAUGCACUGCAGCAGCACAUUGCCAACCAGAACACGAUCAUCCGCAAGAUCCGAGACUUUGGCAUGCUCGGAGCGGUGCAGAGUGCCGCCGCCUCGGCCACAACCAACUCGGGAACUUUAGGCCAACGCAAGCGACCGCUGGGCGAGUCCAAGCAGAACUCGCAGAACGCGCAGAACUCACAGAACAGCAUCCUGAUCACGCCGAGCAAACCUCCGGCGGGGGGCAGUGCCAAGCGCAGCAAACUGAGCAAGAAGAGCCAGGAGCCAAGGGUGGCCAAGGAUAAGUCGAGAAGCAAUGCAGCGACCAAGCAGGCGGCACCCACUGCCGCGUCUCCCUGCCUGGAGCUGGAUGCCAAAUCAGCGGGUACGCCCGGACGCAAGGGUCUGCCGAUGCCGCAGGCGGUGGCACGUCGCAAUGCCCGAGAAAGGAAUCGCGUGAAGCAGGUCAACAAUGGAUUUGCGCUGCUCCGGGAGCGCAUACCCGAGGAGGUUUCGGAGGCGUUUGAGGCGCAAGGCGCCGGACGGGGUGCCAGCAAGAAGCUGUCCAAGGUGGAGACGCUGCGCAUGGCCGUCGAGUACAUUCGGAGUCUGGAGAAGCUGCUGGGCUUCGACUUCCCACCGCUGGGCUUCCAUGCGAACAGCUCGAGCAGCGGCGAUGACAGCUUCAUGUUCAUCAAGGACGAGUUUGAUGGCCUGGACGAGCACUUUGAUGAUUCUCUUAGCAACUACGAGUUGGAGGAGACUGCAGGAGCAGCCAUAGGAGGCACCAGCCAGCAGCAGGAGCAGCCAGAGCCAGAGCCAGAGCCAGAGCAGACACCACAGGAAACGGACCUGCUGCCCUGCGUAACGACCCUCAAUGGAAUGCAGUACUUGCGGAUACCGGGAACGAACACCUAUCAGCUGGUGACCCCGGACAUGCUGGGCAGCAGCUCCAGCCUGGACGAGGAGCACUUCGGCGGCGCCUUAAUUGACACAAAUUGCCUGAGCAGCAAUGCCAGUCCCGAUCCCCCUGCCACGGCACUGCCGAUUGCAGCUGCCCAAAGCGGUUCGAACUUAUCGCGAUCGCCCGUGCCACCACCACCAGUAUCAGCAGGAGCAGCAGCAGGGGUAGGGGCAGGGGCAGUCACCACAAGCAGUCCCUGCACAUCCCCAAUACAGCGAGGCAGUUCAUCAAUGCCUCAACCAGCGAGCGGCAAUGCGCUCGAGACAGUUACAGUUUCACCUGUCGCCGUUGCUAAUGAACUCCUGUUGCAGGCGUGUGCCGCCCAGCUGCAGCAGCAACUGAUCAAACAGGAAUACGCCAACAACAACAACAACAACAACAACAACAACAGUAGCAGCAGCAGCAGCAGGGCCAACACUAACACCAACACCAAUACGAAUGCCAAUUCACCGACAACAGGCCUGAACUAUUCACAGGAUCAGGCCCAAAUGCUGUGCUCGCCCAUACUGCCCGCCUUCUACGACCAGGAGCCCGUCAGCUUCUACGACAAUGUGGUGGUGGGUCUGCCCAGCUUCAAGAAGGAAUUCAACGACAUGCUCCACCAGGAUCCAGCGGGUGGUGCCACUGUGGGCUCAGUCGGUGCCGUGGGAGUCGGCGGAUGUCUCUCCGACGAGAGCAUGAUCGAUGCCAUUGACUGGUGGGAGGCGCACACGCCCAAAUCGGAGACGGGACCGGCAUCCAGCUCCAACGACACAUCAGCAGUGCUCAUGUGAUUCACAAUCCAUUUCUUUUGUAGUUUGCUCCUGCGGACCCUUGACCCAGUCAUUGUGUAAAUAGUAGAAAGGGAAACGUCAGCUGAACCAGAGCGAAGGAGCAGAGUCCCUUAGUCAUCUAGUGAUACAAAACCAAAACCAAACUAACCAAAUCUUCCCCAAUUACCAGCCUGCCCAACCACCCACCCAGCCACCCAGCCACCCAGCCCCGCACAAUAGUUACACAUCCUUUAGUUGGGUUUCAUUUGUAGAGCCAAGAACCUAAUUUUUUUUUAUUAUUAUUAUGUUCAGAUCGGUAAGCAUAUAUUUUUUUCAUAGAUCUAAUUAAAUGAACCACUUAAUGUUGAGUUGAUAAGUGAAGAAAUAUAAUA